GAUACAUUGAGUACCACGUGACUUAGCUGUAGUGAACAUUGGCGUUAGUUUUCGAAGUAGCGUCCUGUUCUCCGGGAAUAUGACACAUAGAGAUAUAAGGUGUCAGUUACCCAGAAGCUUGUGAAUAACCGAGGACACAGCGCGACAGAAACAAUAUCACCAUGGCAGACGGUUUCAAUAUAACAAUGGUAGCAGGAUCGGGGAAGGGUGACAAAUUCACAAUGGCCGGCGUUGUCGCUGGAGGAGUCAACAAUGAAUAUGAAAGUCCACCGAAGUCAGAAGGACUCCAAACAGAUCUGCCAAAGGCAACCAUAAACAUGACGGGCCCUGGGCAGGAUGCCCAAUAUAAGGACAUGAAGAUGUUGGGUUUUGUGCAAGAUGGGAUGGAUAACAAAGUCAGAUCUCAAGAAACCCCCGGCAGCAAUCAAGGUCAUGUUCCUCGUUUUACAAUGGACUCAAUCCCGAGAGGAUGGUGUUAUAUAUUCAACAAUAAGACCUUUGACGGUGAACCAACAAAAACGCGAAUAGGAACAAACAAGGACAGAGAUGAUUUGACAAGAGUGUGGAAAGAGCUGAAAUUUGAAGUGAAAUCGUUCGACGACCCCAAGGCUGGCGUUAUGGAAACGAAGAUUCAAGAACUUUCCAAAAUGGACCACAAGGCCCGUGACUGUGUCGUAGUGAUCUUCCUCACCCAUGGGCGAGAUGGCGCGGUGCAGGGAUCUGACAACGAGUGGCUGGAAGUCAGUACCAUCACAUCCUACUUCAAGGCGUCAGUGUGUCCGUCACUGGCCAACAAACCAAAGCUGUUCUUCUUUCAGUCAUGUCGAGGCAUAGAGAUUCAAAAAGCCGUUCCGGCUCAAGGUGAUGACGGCGGCAGCGCUCCUGCUGGAACAGAAAAAAAAAAUCCGGCUGACAAGAUGGUGGCUCCAGAGGCAGAUUUCUUCUUUGGUUUCGCAGCAGUGGCGGGGACGCAGGCUCUCAGACACCCCGAGACUGGUUCCUGGUUUAUUCAGGCACUUGUCCAAUCUCUGCAAGAUUCUGCAAAGAGUGAUGACCUGGAAAGUAUAAUGACGGUCGUUCGUGGUAAAGUGAACGACCAUCAAGUUGAAACAUUGAAAGGAGAGUUUCAAAGACAAACGGCUGAGGUGAGGACAACGCUGUCGAAGAAAGUGUACUUUUGAUCGGGGUUAUUCUAUGAUAAAUUGGACAGGCUGUUAUCAUUCGUCGAACCAGUCCGAUAAACUUGGUAUCAAGUGCCGAUAAUUAUAGAUAUGCAAACGAGGUCAGAAAGCAGGAAAUAAUACAUAAUGUUAAACACCAUGCACAGACACAAUCGGCUUAUGUUUUACUACAUUUUCCAAUAGGUUCAGACAGUGAUUGUGCGAUGCAUGGGUGAUUCUGUAGACAACCAUAUUUGCAAAUCAUAUGGUAUGAUAAAUAGGGCGUUUCACUCAAGCUUUGUAUUCAUACGCGAUUUCUAAAGUUAUUUCAUUGAUACAUUAAUACUAAUAUAUAAUAAAUAAAAAUACCAAGACGAGGAGUGUAUUUAUUCUCCUUUUAAAUCAAUUUGAGCAAUGAAAUAGGUGUGAUGAAAUUAACGUUGUGUUGUAAUAAUUAUUAUGUUGACAAUUGUAUCCGACAUUGGCUGUAUCCGCAUAGUGCUACAUUAAGGAUUAAGUUAAAAAAGGAAGAUGAUUUCUCAUUCAGUGAUAAAGUUUGUGUACAGUCUUUAUCAGGUGUCAAUGCGAGACAAACGAAAUUGUCACAUUUACAACAUGUCAUCCACUUAUUUGCAUUUAUCUUUGUGCGUCAUGGCUGUGGCUGUGGUUUCGCAGUCGCUUUGGUAAUGGUGCACAAAGUGUAAUACAAAUAUGACAGCUUUACAAACAACUUGAAAACUGUUCACAGAAACUCAAAAGAGGAUUUUUGUUACGAUCGUGGAGUAGUUUAAUAGAAUAGCAUCAAUGCAAAAAGCAUCCUGUAUCUUUACGUUUGUACAAACAUAUGCUUCAGAUCUUAAAUUUGUCAAGACUGGAACUUUCGCAUAGUGCUACAUUAAGGUUUAAGUUAGCAAGAAAGAUGAUUAAUUUCUCAUUCAGUGAUACAGUUUGAGUACAGUCUUUAUCUUUUGUUAAUGCGAGACAAACGAUAUUAUCAUAUUUAACAUGUGAUCCACAUAUUUGCAUUUAUCUUUGUGCGUCAGUGCUGUGGCUGUGGUUUCGCAGUCGCUUUGGUAAUGGUGCACAAAGUGAAAUACAGAAACUCAAAAGAGGUUUUUUCUUAAGAUCGUGGAGUAGUUUAAUAGAAUAGCCUCAAUGCAAAAGGCAACUUGUAUCUUUAAUUUUUCCAAAUUCAUGCUUCUUAAAUGUGUCGAAACUGGAGCUUUGUGUUGAGAAAAGAGUAAAUGUCGUUUCCUGAAUAUAAACAUUUUACCGUGCAAAUCAAAUGCAAAUAUAUGGUGCAGAUGAGUCAGUAGGCACAAGAGACAACGUAAACAAGCUUUGCUAUAGUUCAGGUCCAGUUCUCGUCAUUUAUAAGUUUAAGGGUAAGAUAACAUACGACGUUAGAAAUCACCUAUUAGAAGCAUAUUCUAACAUAAAUGGAUUAGUGCACUUAAAGAAAACGUCGCCUUUACAAACUAAGGUUUGACUGUCUGAGACACACAUUACUCACAUGAUUGUAAAUGUUCAAAUAAAUUCAUGUAAGUGUAUGUUGUUGAAGGUUAAUGUUAUAUUCGUCAUAGUUCUUAACAAUGGUAUCUUCGCAUCGACUAACUCUUAUCUGUACUCGUACUCGUGUACAAGUGUUUAGACAGGAGUAUUGAGUAGCGAAAAUAUUAACAAUAAGGGUAUGUUCCAAAUUAUAAAUAUUUCGUGUGGAAACUAAGUGUAAAUCUACCCGUAGGCUGGUAAAUGUCAUAUUUACAUUGCACCACUCUUGUUUUGCCUUGUAAAAAAAGUAAGAAAAGGUAUACGUUUAUUCAGGUGGCGUCGGGCUGUGGUGAUCAUUAUAUAUAUAACAGGUACGGUUAGAUCUGACAAACAACUUCUUUCUAUUACGUCUCAUAUCCUCCCCCAUCCCCAAUCCCCCUUCUUGAGUUUUCGAGUCAAGUUUUCAAAAAUGAAACUGCUGAACACGGUUCAAUGAGCACGUCUUAGUCAACACCUUGAAAACUGAGCUCACCGCCUGUUUCUUGUCUGUAUGAACAUGACUUAUGACAAAAAGUUAACACAAUAACGGGGCAUAUUCAAGGGGAAUAGUGUUACACCAUACACACACGUUUGAAUGAACCGUGAUGCUCCUCUGUGGAGAACAACUUCUUGUCAUAGUCCAUGACGACUUCAUGAAACGGCUUCACCUGUAAACAAUUGCUUCAAAGUCAUUCAAAUGUUCUUUACUUAAGUUUUUUUAACCUUGGACGAUCAGAUAUAAUCGUCCCGGCUGUAAAUAUAUCCUGUGCAGUCAAUAAAAUCUUCCACAGAA